CUCAAAUGUACUGCAGACUGUUUCUGCGCAUCCUGCUAGCCUGAUCUAGGACAAGGCUUAAAGGCCCCAUCACCCGGGUGGAGAGAAGUCGCAUCGCGUACAACUGUGACAAUGGAUACUGUGCCACCAUCCUACCAAACCGCUACCACCAGAGACGCAUGGUCGGUUAUAGCACACUACAUCCCGUCAAGCGACCUAUGCGCAGUGGUCUUGGUAUGUCAGAAAUGGCAUGGUAUCUUCAUGCCCUUUCUGUGGGGGGAUCCCGCUUCCCACUUUGGAACGGAUAACGAUGCGGUUUAUGUCGCUCUCACAAGGUUCAGAAGGACACUAAAAUAUGCCCGUCUCAAGGUGCGGAUGCUCACCCAUACGUUGCAUCUGCCGCCUGCUCUCUCGGAGAUUUAUGGGGGUCCACGACCUGAGUGGCUAAAGGAGAUCCUGGAUGCUCUACCGUGCCUCCAGUCGUUGAUGGUCUCAAAGCUACCAUUUUUUGACCACAAUGCUAUGACCGCCUUGAGAAGAUCUAGUCCAUCUGGAGAAAAUGACACAGCUUCCCAGACCUACAAUGUCCGUCUGCUAUUAGCGGAUAGUGAGCCAAAUGCGACAUCACACGGUAUUGCGGAGACCUUACUACGCUUCCCUGGAUUGAUCUAUCUCGAUUUGUCUUACACCACCCCUGCGCGGGAUCGCACAGUCCUGUCGUCGCUAUCACAGUUGGAAAACCUCCAGGUCCUUAAGCUUCGAGGUAUUGGUUUAAAGGACAAUGAUGCAGAAUUCCUGGCCAACGCCAUCGGACGCAGAGUCCGAUUUCUGGACCUACGCAAUAAUCUGCUUACUGACAUGUCCAUACGGUCAUUAUUGCAAGCAUCCUUCUUACCCCCUGGUGCUGAGGAUAGAUUACAACGAGCGACACUAGCGUCACUGGGAUCCCUUGCCCACUCUCCGCAAUCGAGACCCUUGCUGUCUGACAGGAGGUUUCUUAGGACCCCGCUUUUAGAUGAACAAAUUCUGAAAGCUUUAACACAACCAUUGACAGGGCGCUCCUGGGUUGAGGAGUUGUCCCAUGCAGGCAUAACACACCUCUAUAUCGCCGAGAAUCCUAUUUCUGUGGAAGGGGCCGCAAGUCUUUUGUUCUCGUCUCGCCUUCAUGCUCUGGAUGUGGGAACCGUUGACACUAUAGAGUCUAUUGGAAGAAACCAGAGCUCUCUUGCUUCGCCUCAGGACGAUUCCCACAAGCUUCCUGGUGCUGAGAAAUUGAUUCCAAUCCUGGGGACGGUUGCCAAGGGAAACCUCACCUAUCUUCGAGCUCAUCAUGCCGUCUGUACAAUUGAUGCGCCGUCAAGGGAGACCUCAACGGCGGACAUGUUGCUACCAGAGCUCCCUGCUGGGAACGAGAAUGAAGUGCGCACAGAGGCAGAAAUAGGUACGAACCAUGAGAUUUAUGAACUAGCAUCAAACGAAGCACCUAUUUUCGAGCUUCCUGGUUCACCAGUCCCGCAGUCUCCGGACUGGCCUUCGCAGCCCGCCGAGCGGGGUCGAAAGCCAACCAUCUAUGAAGACGAACCACUACCGGACCUGCGACGAGGCUCUGUCUUCGCUCCCGAGGUGAUCGGGGCAGACCAAGUCAGUGAUGAAGAGGGUCCGAGCAGUACCUCUGCCGCAAGGGCUUCAUAUCGCUUGCCCCAUGAUAUCUCCUUCUCUAGCAUUUCCAGCAUCUCGGUGGGUGCAGCGGGGUCUAUCCCGCAAUGUUCUUCUCCCCCUUCAGUCGAAGAUUCUCGAGCCCAGAAGAUCCAGGAGUUGCUUGCUAAGCGGCCGAAAAGUCUUCCUCGACGUGAUAACAAAAGAAAUUAUUUUCCGUACCUGCAUCCUUCGCAUGUCCCUCAUAUUGAAACAUUGGUUUUGACCGACGUUCCAUCUCACGUACCGCCGAACUCGCCGAUCUUGGAAUCGCUUAUUCGAUUCAUAACCGCUUGCUCAAAUGAAGCAAUACUUGCAACCUUACAAGCGGGCUCGGAUUAUUCGCUCGCACCUGGAAGAGCUCGAGCCAAAGCUGAACAAGAACGUGCCAGGUCUCUGUUUGGUCUGCGUCGCUUGGUGCUUGAAAUUACACCUUCGGUUAGGUCCAACAAGUUAUCUAGAUGGAUGCCAGCCAUCUACCGGGCAGGAGCUUCAAAGUCAAGCACCGGUGAUCGCGAUUCGGAGAGGCUAUGGUCAGCAGCAAUAGGCGACUUCAGCUUCUUUGGUGAAGAAGAAUGCGGAGUACCCGAUUUCUAUUCAGGGCGAUACUUCCCUAUGGCAGCCUUGAACGAGAAAGUGACGUUGAUUCCAGAAGAUGACGAUGUUCACCCCUUACAACCCGAUCUGGCCUCUUCACCAGGUAUGCUUCAUCCAGAUCCUUUGCGCUCGAGAUCAAACUCAGUCGACCCCACGACUACACCUCGGAACAUGCGCUCGCACAGCCCACACUUGGACAAGGAUGGAGAAAUGGGGCCGCAGAAUGACGUACCAGACGUUGAUCUGGUCGCCGAAUUGGCAGCAUUCCGACGUAGUAAAAAGGCAGAGUAUGAGGAAAUGCUGAGGAGGGAUCGGAGAAGACGUGGUACUGCCGGCACCAUGUCCUCUCGCUUCUCUCCUUCCGUCUCCUCAUUCCAAACGAUCUCGCCGUCGUCGAGCAUAAAUACGUUGGCGACGGCAUCAGUGCCUCAUUCACCCAUUGCUCAUUACUUAGAAGGACACUGGAAGGGGGAAGUGAAGAUUGUCCGAAACCCAGCGCCAAAGGGCCGAAGCGGGAUGGUAGACAUGUAUGGAAAUUAUUUCGAGAAGGGCUAUUUGUACCCUUGAUAGGGUACUUAUAUGAUUCGUGGCACUAGUUAGUUGAUAGAGAUCGCCAGCAUGAUACCCG